AUGAAUUCUCUGAGAAUUAUUACAUUAGAGGAUUUACCUGUGGAAAUGUUAAUGGAAAUACUCAGUUAUUUUACAGCUGAUCAAAUUUAUUUCACAUUUUCUCAAUUAAAUAAUUAUUUCAAUUUAAUUAUCAAAUCAUUACCAAAAUUAAAUCUUGUGAUACACGAACAUUUAGAUCCUUCUAUUCUCUCUUUUUUUAAUUCAUUUAAUAAAAUUAUCUUCAAAUUUUCUGGUUUACAUAUAUUUUGUUGUCGUUGUCAAUCUCAUCCGAUAAACGCUGGUAAUCGUUUGUAUGAAAUUUAUCCGACAACAGAUACAGGUUGGUAUCCAGAAUUCGAUGAAAAACGAUUUCCUUAUUAUCCGAGUAAAAUCGAAAAUAUUAUUCAUCCUGAUAAUUAUUCUCGAUUGGAAUCAUUAGUUUUGCCAACUGCUUCAUCUAAAUUGAUACAAUUAAUAUUUCACGGUGAAGUUCCUCGUUUAAAAGCCUGUCAUCUUGGUAGAUGUGAACCAAUUAUUCUUCCACGUUCAAUGACAAUACAAUUACAAAAUCUUCGUCAAUUAACAAUACGAAAACAACAAGGUCAUGUAUUAGAAAAGAUAUUAUUGGUUUGUCCUUGUUUAGAAUAUCUGGAUUUUUCAUGUAGAAGUUGUGUUCCAGCGUUCCAUUUCAUCAAUCAUUGUUUUCCAUCGAUGAAAUAUCUUCGACUUGGUCGACUUAAAAACUUUUUCUUUCACAAUGAACAAUUCAUUUUUCUUCUCUCACUCUUUCCAAAUCUUUUACAAUUUCAUUUAAUUGUCGAUCAAUGUUCUUAUGAUGUUGAAACAAUCAAAAUUCAAGAAAUUGCAAAUUAUUUACAUCGACAAUGUCCAUUACUGAAAAUAUUAGUUUUAUGUAUUCAUAUGGAAGAACAUUUGCGUCGUGCUUUCUAUAUCGCUUUAAUCGUAUUAAUUGUUUUCAUAUUCGAAGUUUAUUAUCAAUAUGGUGAAUGUGCUGUAACUGCAAAAUAUUCCAAGAAAAAUAUGAAAUUAACUCAUCGAAUAAUGGAUAUGUUAGAUGAUCUAUCAAUUGUUUAUUGGCCUGAUUGUCAAUCAUUAUUAAAUGUUUUAAGAAAUGAAACAUAUAAUAUAUGGGAUCAAGAUGUUGAUUUAUCAAUUGAAUGGCCAUUUAAAUCCAAUCAUAUCCAUUCGAAAUUAAAUAAUCUUCGACUUUUCAUUGAAACAUUUCAAAACAAUGAUUUCAAUGUAGAAUAUUAUCCAGAUAGAAAAUUAUUCUCAUUAUCAUCUGUCAAUGAAAAAUCUGCACGACAACCACAUGUUGAUAUCUGGUUAUGGAAACGUUACGAUGAACAUGAAACAAAACCAGUUUUACAAUUAUUUGAUUCUAGUCUUAAAUAUCAAUCAAGAUUAAUUUCAGAUAUUUAUCCAUUAAAAUCUGUUACAUGGUUAGGAAGAAAUGUUAAAAUACCAAGACAAUCACAUAAAAUUGCAUAUAAAGAAUAUGGAACAUCGUAUAUGAAACCGAUUUUCAUACGAAAUAAUUGUUUUCAUAAUUUAAUUGAUGGUCGAUGGUUUUAUAAUGCAUAG